AUGGCUGCAGGAGUGAUCAGGAACCUGCCAGAGUUCAGGCUGCCUGCUUCCUUCCAGCACUCAUUCCUCCACCCCACCCCACCCCAGGACAUGGACUUCCAAGACCUGUCAGAUGAGGAGGAGGUGGAAGAGGAAGACGACUAUGACGUGGAAGAGCAGGACAGCCCUCCCUGUCACAGUCCUGGCACAGAGGGGCAGAAAGUCGCAGCUGAUUGCAGCCAGAGUGAUGCAGAAAUGACCCUGCAGCUCCUGAAGUUCUCCGAGCUGAUCAGCUGUGACAUCCAGAGAUACUUUGGGAGGAAGGCCAAGGAUGAGGACCCCGACUCCUGCAACAUCUACGAGGACUGCUUCUCUCCCCGCCGGCUGGGGCGGGAGCUGUACUACGCAGACCUGAUGCGACUCGCCCAGAGUGGCGAGCUGGACGACGAGGAUGCCCAGGGCCCUGUGGCGCCCCCCGGGCAGCUCGACCAGCGGGUCUGGAGGUCCAUUUGUAACAAGGAUGGGGUGCAGAAGCUGGGGCCGUUAGCGGAGCUCUUCGAAUACGGCUUGCACCGCUUCCUCAAGCGGAGGGCGGCUGAUGGCAGGAAGCUGCGGCUGGAGAAGAAGUAUGCCCACAUCAUGCCCAUGCACAAGAGGAAGCUGCCACAGUCCUUCUGGAAGGAGCCGUCACCCGGCCCUCCGUGCAUCCUCAACACAAACCCGCCUGACUUCAGCGACCUCCUGGCCAACUGGACGUCAGAGCCUGGGCAGGAGCAGGAGCUGCCCAGCACCGGCAGGGAGCUGGCCAGGCCGGCUAUGGAAACCGAUCAGUUCAGUGUGCUGUGAGGCAGAGGAACUGGGGCCCCAGCCAGCCCCACCAGGGGCCCCUGUGCUGGACAGACGCUCUAUGCCCAUAAGGUGCUGAGGAUUGGCUCUGGAUGGGGGCACCAUGCCCACCUGCAGUUCUGACUGAACCAAGCCCCCAAAUCGAUGCCUGGCCUAUGCAACAUGGGCCUUAGCCUGCUCUCACCUGUUAAACCUGACAGGCUCUGGGUCCCUCCCAACUGCAGCACCAGCCUUUGUGCCCAUCCUGUAAAACCAUCCACGUCUGUGUGUCCUGCAGGGAUGCUGGGCAGUGCCAGGGUGCACCUGCUGCCAUCUGAUCGCUGCAUCCCCGCCAUGUGCCACCCUGGUUAAUGAUAAAGCUCACUCCCUUUUUAUGGGACAGGGUGGGGGUUGGGAGACAUGUCACCUGGGAUUUCCCAGCAGCCCAGAGCCAGGCUGUGGCAAUGCUGGUGUUUGAUUUUGUUCUCCUUGGAUUGUGAUGGCACUGGCUAGGGCGA